AUUAACAACCACAUUAACUCACGCAGCAGUUGCAACAACAACAAAAUUACGCGAUAAACAAAACGAAGCCGAUUUCCUAGCAAUAAAACACAAUGAGUGUUGUAAGCACAACACCAGCAUCGCAAGAUGCUUGCUAUAUAUCGCUUCUUGGACUAGCCGAAUACUUUCGUACCUCACAACCGCCAAACAUAAAAAAAUGCAUACAAUGUUUACAGGCGCUCUUCACUUUUCAGCCGCCUUCAAAGGUGGAGGCGCGUACACACCUGCAAAUGGGCCAAGUUCUUAUGGCUUACACAUGCAACAUAGAUUUGGCGCGUCGACAUUUGGAACAGGCAUGGAGUAUCGCGGAGCCUCUUAUGAAUUUUGAUGAUGUCAAAUUCGAUACUGCCUCACUUCUCGCCCAGCUGCAUCUUCAAACGGAACAGAGCUCACAUGCCAAGGCGAUGCUCCGACGAGCCGUUGAAUUAUCACAAAAUAAUGUCUAUUGGCAUUGUAAACUGCUACUGCAACUGUCGCAGAUCCAUGCGAGUGAUCGUGAAUAUUCCUUGGCAAGUGAUUUAUUGGCUGUGGGCGCCGAAUCAGCAGAGGAGGCGGGUGCCACAUACCUUAAAGUACUGUUUUUGCUCUCACGGGCCAUGAUCCUAAUGAUUGAACGGAAAACGAAUGAUGUACUAGCACUGCUCAAUUCAGCGGGUCAAAUCAUCGAUAAUAAUAUACCUAAUCCACAUCAAAAGGAGUAUCUGAAAGUGUUCUUCCUAGUGCUGCAAGUGUGUUACUAUCUGGCCCUCGGCCAGGUGAAGACAGUAAAGCCCAGUUUAAAGCAACUUCAAAUGUCUAUACAAACGAUUAUGGCACCCAAUUGGCCAAGUGACGAGUCCAUCUUUGGUGGCAAUCAGCUGGAGAUGUUUGUAUGGCUGCCCAAGGAGCAGCUUUAUGUACUUGUCUAUCUGGUCACUGUUUCUCAUUCGAUGAUGGCAGGUUACAUGGACAAAGCGCAAAAGUACACGGAAAAGGCAUUAACACAAAUCGAAAAACUAAAACAGCAGGAGGACAAAUCCAUAUUAUCCGUAUUUAAGGUUAUCCUGCUGGAGCACAUCGUGAUGUGUCGCAUGGUUAUGGGUAACCGGGAGCUGGCUAUACGUGAGAUAGCCGCUGCACGUGAUGUAUGCCUUGCUGUGCCGCACCGUAACCUGCUCAAGCGACAUUCGGCGCAACUCCACUGCCUUAUUGGUUUGUAUUCAAUGUCAACGAGUUUCUUUGAGCACGCAGAACGACAAUUUCUGGUGUGCGUGAAUGAGACGACCGAACGGGAUCUGAAGCUCUUCGCUAAUCUAAAUCUGGCCAUCAUUUAUCUGCGCACAAAACGGGAAGCUGACCUCAAACAAAUACUUGAUGCCGUAUCCACGGAAAACACGCACACCUAUAGCAGCCAAGCCCUGAUGGGCGGAUUUUACUAUGUACAGGGAUUGCACGCUUUCCACAAAAGUAGCUUUCACGAGGCAAAACGAUUCCUUCGUGAAACGUUAAAAAUGGCCAAUGCAGAGGACUUAAAUCGCCUGACGAGUUGCUCCCUGGUGCUGCUUUCACAUGUCUUCCUUAGCAUAGGCAACUCCAAGGAGAGCAUGAAUAUGGUGACGCCGGCCAUGCAAUUGGCAAGUAAAAUACCUGAUAUCCAUGUGCAACUAUGGGGCUCGGCGAUACUGAAGGAUCUGCACCGCAUGUCCAAGGAUGCGCAGCACGAGAAGGAGGCAUAUGCCAACCAUGUGAAAUACUCAGAAAACCUGAUUGCUGAUCAGCGCAAAUGCGUUCAGAGUGCGCACCACGAGCUGAUCAAUUGGUUUCAAGGUAAUCCGCCUGUCACCAGCAACUCAUCACUUAAUCCUGCCGUUGCUGUACCCACGACGGAGACGUCUACAUCAGCGCUUCAACAGCCGCAGCAGCCGACUGCGCAAUUCGGACAGUUCUAUUAGACGACCAAGUGCAUAUAUCGAAUCAUAAGCAUUUUAAUAACUACUAUUGUAAGCUAAAAAUUAAAGACUAAGAAAUGCUACAAAAAUGU